GGCGCCAUCUUAGGGGCGACGGGAGCCGCCCGGGCCCAAGCGGCCUUCCGCUCUGCGCGCCAUGGGGUCGCGGGAGCCCUGCCGGCGGCUGGAGGCGGUGCUCGGCGCCCUCUACGACCUGGGUGAGGAGCCCGGCGUCCGGGGCGCGGCGGAGGACGGCGAGGCGAGCGAGGCGGAGGAGGAGGAGGAGGAGGAGGAGGAGGAGAGCCGGGACGCGCAGCCGGCAGCCCGGAGCGAUGCCGGCGGGGCGGAGGGAGGGCGGCGCAGCGCCCGCGGUUUCUUUGGGGGACUGCGGGAGGAGAUGCGCCGCACCGCCCCGCCGCCGGCCCCCGCCGUGCCGCCCCCCGCCCAGGUGGAGGUGGUGGUGUUCCGCGCGAGGAAGAGGAAGGCGAGGCCCGCCCCCCCCCCGGCGGCGCCCGGCAGCGGCACCCAGACCAAAACAGUGGCUGAAAAGAAAAAUGUGAACAAGCAAGAAUUUAACUUUGAAAAAGCCCGUUUGGAAGUGCACAGGUUUGGAAUCACUGGCUAUGAGAAGCAGGAGCAGCGUAUAUGGGAACGGGAACGUGCAAUCAUGCUGGGAGCCAAGCCUCCCAAAAAGGAACACAUCAACUACAAGAUACAUAAGGAGAAGAUGAAGGUGAAAAAAACAACAAAGGAUGAUGAUAAGCGACAGGAACAGAAAGGUGAUUCUCUGAAGAAGAGGAAAGACUUGAAGGAGAGAAAGGCCAAAAGGAAGAAAUCAGUGCCUAGCAUCUGGCCUGCAGGACAAGUUGGAAAAUUCAGAGAUGGUACCUUGAUUCUACAAAGCGGUGACAUAAAGAAAAUUAAAUCAACUAAAGUUAUCAAAUGAACUUACGAUGCUGAAUGAAAUGGACAAAAAGAAUUAAGACAGAACUCUCACUGCCACCAGAAGAGCAGAAGAGACUUACAUACCCCCUUGCCCUGCCACCAUGUCUUAAUUUCUUUACUUUCUUUUUUGUUGCAGGGCUUUCUGUCUCCUAUUUGUUCUUGGGAGAAUAUGACAAUUUACCAUUUUAUAAAUAAAAGUAGGACUUUUUAAUAAUUAAGAAGGUUACACGGGCUGUUUUUAUUAGUAAAUAUGUUCUAAAGAAAGCAUUUUACUGUCUGGAAUUAGCUUAUUGGUGCUAAGUGAAAAAUUUAAUCCAUCCGUUAGUGAAUUAUGUAUUAGAAUUAAAUUGUAUAGCUCUUUGACUUCAUCUGGAAGAAUUAUGGCAAAAGCAAUACCUUAUUUGCUCUGAACUUGAGGUAGGUGUUCUUAAAGACAUAUCAGACAUU